AUGGUGUAUCUACAGGAAUCUGAUUUUGAUAUUGGGAUUAACAAAGAUCCAGUCUCAUUUUCACAAGCCAUGAAUAGUGAUCAUUCUUUUAAAUGGGUCAAUGCUAUAAAUGAAGAGUUAAAAUCCAUGGAACAGAAUAGUGUUUGGGAUCUCGUAUCUUCUGAUCUGAGUGUUGUUGACCUUGAAUUGGCUUUCAAUAUCAAUUUGAGUAUAGCGUCAACCUGGAACACAAUUUUUACCUUGGGAGUAUUGGUUUUCCUUACCCGGCCAAUCUUGAUUGUCAUCAUAUCCAUGGUUUAUAUAACCAUAGUGUUACAGAGAUUUUACUCUACUUCUGCCAAAGAGCGGGUGCGAAUUAAUGGCAUAACUAUGUCUUCAAUGGCAAGCUAUCUUGCUGAAUCCAAUGUUGGAGCAGUGACCAUAAGGGCUUUUGGCGAGGAAGAGCGAUUCUUUUCAGAGUAUUUGCAGCUUGUUGACGCAAAUGCAAGUUCAUUCUUCCACAAAUUUUCAACAAAUGAGUGGUUGAUCCAAUGCCUGGAAAUCCUAAAUGUAAUUGUUUUGUCGGGUUCAGUGCUUGCCAUGACUUUGCAUUCUUAUGGCGCUUCUAAAUCAGGAUUUAUCAGAAUGGCUCUAUCAUAUGGUCUUUCACUGAAUGCAACUCUUGUUUUUUCUGUCCAAACCCUAUGUCUGUUGGAAAAUUUAAUUAUUGCCGUAGAAAGGCUAGAACAGUACAUGCAUAUUCAUAGUGAAGCCCCUGAAAUAAUCCAAGACAAUCGACCUGCCCUCAACUGGCCAGAAAUUGGUAGAGUUGAGAUACAUGAUUUGAAGCAAGUUAGGUGUCGGCCUAAUGCACCUCUAGUACUUCGAGGAAUUAGCUGCAUAAUUGAAGGAGGGAACAAAAUUGGAAUUGUUGGCAGGGCCGGUAAUGGAAAAACAGCUUUGAUCAGUGCCUUGUUUCGCCUGGUAGAACCUACAGAGGGAAUGAUUGUCAUAGAUGACCUAAAUAUAAGUACAAUUGGGCUUCAUGACCUUAGAUCACACUUCAGUGUCAUUCCCCAAGAUCCAACUCUCUUUAGUAGGUCCAUGAGAUACAACCUAGACCCUUUAGAAGAGCAUAUGGAUCAAGAAAUAUGGGAGGUUUUUGAAAAAUGUCAGCUUCGGGAGGCUAUUCAAGAGAAAGAAGAGGGCUUGUACUCCUUAGUUAUGCAAAAUGGAUCAAACUGGAGCAUGGGACAAAGACAGUUGUUUUGUUUGGGACGUGCACUAUUGAAGAGAAGGAAGAUACUAGUGCUUGAUGAAGCCACUGCUUCAAUUGACAAUGCAACGGACUCUAUCAUUCAGAAAAUCAUAAGGACAGAAUUUGAGGAUUGCACUAUUAUCGCAGUAGCCCACAGAAUACCAACUGUGAUGGACUGCACAAUGGUGCUUGCUAUUAGCGAUGGACAAUUAGUAGAGUAUGAUGAACCAACGAAGCUCAUGAGCAAAGAGGGCUCACUAUUUGGGCAACUUGUUAAUGAGUAUUGGUCCCAUUCUGGAAAUUCCGGUGGGAAGUCUGAAGAUUUGUAG